CCUCGGAGUGCGACCCGAAGCAGCCGCCGGGGAGGGGACGAGCACCAUGUCGAAUCUGAGCAAAGGCACGGGCAGCCGGAAGGACACCAAGAUGCGGAUCCGGGCCUUUCCGAUGACCAUGGAUGAAAAAUAUGUAAACAGCAUUUGGGACCUUCUGAAAAAUGCAAUUCAAGAAAUCCAGCGUAAGAAUAACAGUGGUCUUAGUUUUGAGGAGCUCUAUAGAAAUGCAUAUACAAUGGUUUUGCAUAAACAUGGAGAAAAACUCUACACUGGACUAAGAGAAGUUGUUACCGAACAUCUCAUAAAUAAGGUGCGAGAAGAUGUACUAAAUUCGUUGAAUAACAACUUUCUUCAAACGCUAAAUCAAGCUUGGAACGAUCAUCAGACAGCUAUGGUGAUGAUUAGAGACAUACUAAUGUAUAUGGACCGUGUAUAUGUACAACAAAAUAAUGUGGAGAAUGUGUACAAUUUGGGAUUAAUUAUUUUUCGAGAUCAAGUUGUACGUUAUGGGUGUAUUAGGGAUCAUCUACGACAAACGCUAUUGGAUAUGAUCGCAAGAGAGCGGAAAGGAGAAGUUGUAGACCGAGGCGCCAUAAGAAAUGCUUGCCAGAUGUUAAUGAUUUUAGGUCUUGAAGGACGAUCAGUCUAUGAAGAAGAUUUUGAGGCUCCUUUUUUGGAAAUGUCUGCAGAAUUUUUUCAGAUGGAAAGCCAGAAAUUUUUAGCAGAAAACAGUGCUUCAGUAUAUAUAAAGAAAGUAGAAGCUAGAAUUAAUGAAGAAAUAGAACGGGUGAUGCACUGCCUUGACAAAUCAACUGAAGAGCCAAUUGUAAAGGUGGUUGAGAGGGAACUCAUUUCCAAGCACAUGAAAACUAUAGUAGAAAUGGAGAAUUCUGGGCUAGUCCAUAUGUUGAAAAAUGGAAAAACAGAAGACCUUGCUUGCAUGUACAAGUUGUUUAGUCGUGUGCCAAAUGGUUUGAAAACAAUGUGUGAGUGUAUGAGUUCCUACUUGAGGGAACAAGGUAAAGCCCUUGUUUCUGAGGAAGGAGAAGGAAAGAAUCCUGUUGACUAUAUCCAGGGCUUAUUGGAUCUGAAGAGUAGGUUUGAUCGCUUCCUCCAGGAAUCAUUCAAUAAUGAUCGGCUCUUUAAACAAACUAUUGCGGGUGACUUUGAGUAUUUUCUCAACCUCAACUCCAGGUCCCCUGAAUACCUCUCAUUAUUUAUUGAUGAUAAGCUGAAAAAGGGAGUCAAAGGGCUAACAGAACAAGAAGUAGAAACAAUAUUGGAUAAAGCAAUGGUCCUUUUUAGAUUUAUGCAGGAAAAAGAUGUAUUUGAACGUUAUUAUAAACAACACUUGGCACGGAGACUUCUCACGAAUAAAAGUGUUUCUGAUGACUCCGAAAAAAAUAUGAUAUCCAAGUUAAAGACUGAAUGUGGAUGUCAGUUCACAUCAAAACUGGAAGGAAUGUUUAGGGAUAUGAGCAUCUCAAACACAACUAUGGAUGAAUUCAGGCAGCAUCUUCAGGCUACUGGGGUAUCUUUAGGUGGUGUCGAUCUCACCGUCCGGGUGCUCACGACAGGAUAUUGGCCCACUCAGUCAGCCACACCAAAGUGCAACAUCCCACCAGCACCGAGACAUGCGUUUGAGAUAUUCAGAAGGUUUUACUUAGCCAAACACAGUGGUCGCCAGCUCACACUCCAGCAUCACAUGGGUUCUGCAGAUCUCAAUGCCACCUUUUAUGGGCCAGUUAAAAAGGAAGAUGGAUCUGAAGUUGGUGUUGGAGGGGCACAAGUAACUGGCUCUAAUACACGGAAGCACAUAUUGCAAGUCUCCACUUUCCAGAUGACCAUAUUAAUGCUCUUUAAUAAUAGAGAAAAAUACACGUUUGAGGAAAUUCAACAAGAGACAGACAUCCCCGAAAGAGAGCUUGUUAGAGCCCUGCAGUCCCUCGCCUGCGGGAAGCCCACGCAGCGGGUCCUCACCAAAGAGCCCAAGUCCAAGGAGAUUGAGAACGGCCACGUGUUCACCGUCAACGACCAGUUCACGUCCAAACUGCACAGAGUCAAGAUUCAGACAGUUGCUGCCAAACAAGGUGAAUCUGACCCAGAAAGGAAAGAAACAAGGCAGAAAGUAGAUGACGACAGAAAACAUGAGAUAGAAGCUGCUAUAGUGCGGAUAAUGAAAUCUAGAAAGAAGAUGCAGCACAACGUGUUAGUAGCAGAGGUAACUCAACAGUUGAAGGCUCGAUUCUUACCAAGUCCAGUUGUUAUUAAGAAACGUAUUGAAGGACUUAUUGAGAGAGAAUAUUUGGCACGAACACCUGAGGAUCGCAAAGUAUACACAUAUGUAGCAUAAAAUGCGCUCAGAAAUUUGAUUUAUUCUUGGACUGUACUCUUCGCAUGGACUGGGAAGUUCUUUUAAAUCAUUCAAUAUUAAGACGACCAUCUCUUCUAUUAAAUUACAGUACAUGUUCUAGACCAUUCAGAUCCAGCCUUUACUCCCUUUGAGAGUUUUCACCAUCAGUUGAUUGAGCUUCAGGCUUUACAACGUUUAACCCUGUAGAGAUCAUCUUUACAGCUCCUCGGAAAAAUGUGAAUGUGCCGCGUUUUGUUUUCAAUACUGUAUGAAAACAGGAAAAAAAUAAAACAAAAAUUUAGAAAAUACAGCUCAUUAAAAUAAAAUUGUUGGAUUUCAUUUCCCCAGGC